AUGAAAUCUGCGGCAGUCUUGUUUCUGGUGAUCAACUGCCUGUCCAGGUGUCAUGGCUGGACCUGCGACCUGGGUCCACAGCACUCUGGGGCAACACAGAUUGAUGCUGGACAGGGACAAGUUGUGAUGAGAAAUGACAAAUCUGAAGCGUUUGUUCUGAGUGGAUCGACGUGGACCCGGCUGGGUUCGCUCCCUAUCAGACACAUCUCAGUGGGACCUGCAGGAAUCUGGGGAGUUGACAGUUCAGAUAAAGUCUACAGAUUUGGCGACAGUGAUUUCCUUCUUACUCACGGUCAGAAUUUGAACCAGGUGGAUGCUGGAGGUCAAGACAAGAUUGCUGGAGUCACCUCGUCUUCUACCAUUCAUUGUCUGAGUGCUGGUGCUUCACCUCUCAAGGAAGGCGACUCUCUGACAUGGACCACCUUCCCUGGAGCAUUGAUGUAUAUCAGUUGUAGCUCGUAUGGAUGCUGGGGGGUGAACUCUGGACAGCAGAUCUACUUCACUAAAACUGAUUCCUGUCAAAUUAGAGGAUGGACACGUGUGGAAGGAGCUGCAAUUAUGGUUGAAGUUGGGACUGAUGGAACUGUCUUUGUGGUGAAUGUACAUGGAAAUCUCUAUCAGAGAACUGGCAUCUCUGCUGAUGUUCCACAUGGAACUGGUUGGUUUCAAAUCCCACUGUCGAACAACAUCAAGCAUGCAAGCUAUGACCUGGGGAACCUCUGGCUUGUGAUAAACGGAGGGAUCAUCGCGAAGUGCUCUCAGUAA